UUCCAACAUGAAAAUUUACUUCAACUUCAUCAACGAUAUCAACAGUUCCUCGGACCCUUCCCCACAGACCGCCGAUAUGUCGUUGGUGGUGCCAGAAAAGUUUCAGCAUAUCCUGCGUUUGAUGAACACCAACAUUGAUGGCCGGCGAAAGGUUAUGUUUGCCAUGACAGCCAUCAAGGGUGUUGGUCGUCGUUAUUCCAACAUUGUCUUGAAAAAGGCUGACAUUGAUCAGUCAAAGCGCGCUGGAGAGAUGACAGAAGAGGAGGUUGAAAAGAUUGUAACAAUCAUGGGCAACCCUCGCCAAUACAAGAUUCCUGACUGGUUCCUUAACAGACAAAAGGAUAUCAAAGAUGGCAAAUACAGUCAGGUGAUGUCCAAUAAUCUUGAGACCAAGCUGCGUGAAGAUCUUGAGCGCAUGAAGAAGAUUCGUGCUCACCGAGGUCUGCGUCACUACUGGGGUCUGCGUGUGCGAGGUCAGCACACCAAGACCACAGGCCGUCGUGGUCGCACUGUUGGUGUAUCCAAGAAGAAGUAAAAAUAUUAAUAAACAUGUUUCAUCAA